UGAUAUGAGACACGGAGAAGGGAAUAGCCUGGAGAUGUAGAUCUGGGAGUCAUCGGUGCUUUCUGGAAAUGAAUGAGAUCACACAGGGAGAGACAACUUGAGGACUGAGGAGAGAGGAAGCCCAGGACAGAACCCCAGGAACACCGCCACUCAAGGUGGCAGCUCAGCUUCCUGGCAGGCGUCACUACCCCGGGCUCUGGAGUCAGGCAGAGCCAGUAUUGAAAGUGGGCUGUGGAGUUCUGGGGCUGAGCGCUCUUGGCAAAGUCAGGUACCCUCUUUGAUCAGCUGUCACACCUGGCGAUAAUGGGCAUCAGAGAGAGAUGCCUUGCGAGGAUGCUGUGAGCUGCGUCAGGUAAAGCACCUGGGGUCAGAAAGCCACCCCUCCUCCUCUUCUCCGCGACCCCACUUUGCUACACAAACGCACCGAGACUCCGACAGUCCCCAGCCUCCGGUCCCUCAGGGAUGGAAGAUGAGGUAUGUCAGGCAAGAGGGGGCGCCGAGCUCCAGGGUGAGGUGUGUCGGGCAAGAGCUGGGCCGAGCUCCAGUGACGCGGCGCUCACGUGACCCGUCGGACGCCUACGUGGGCACCAGCCCCCACGCCAGCCCGCCAGCCAGCCCAGCGGUCGGGUCCCGGCGCCCGCGCAGAAUAAGCUGUCUGAGCUGCCCAGACUGCUGGGGAGCAGCGAGCCGGCUUCCGCGAGCCGGAGGAAGCACAGGCGUGUCCUGGGUACCCGCAGGUCUGCGUGUCUGUUGUUCCCAGCGCUCUAAGAGGCCUGAAAAGGAGGAGCAACCUGUCCAGAAUCCCCCGCAGGAAAGGAAAAGGAGGGGAAAUCUCGACAUGGAAAAAUUCUUCAAUGAAAAUGAAGGAAUGCUUUGGAACCAAGGAAAGAUAGAAAAUGAAGAACAGCCACCGGACGAGGGAAAGCCAGAAGUAGCUUGUACUCUGGAAGACAAGACGUUAGAAAACGAGAGAAAGACAGAAAACAAGGGCAAGACAGGAGAUGAGGAACCGUUAAAGGAUAAAGAAAAGCCAGAGAGUGCAGGAAAGGCAAAAGGAGAAGGAAAGUCAGAGAGGAAGGGAAAGUCAAAGAUGGAGGGAGGAUCAGAGAGAGAGGGAAAGCCAGAGAGAGGGGGAAGGGCAGAGGGGGAACGAGAGCCAGACAGUGAAAGAGAGCCAGAGAGUGAGGGAGAGCCAGAAAGUGAAAGGAGGUCUGCAGGAAAGCGCCCAGCUGAGGAUGAUAUACCCAGGAAAGCCAAAAGAAAAACAAACAAGGGGCUGGCUCAGUACCUCAAGCAAUAUAAGGAAGCCAUACAUGAUAUGAAUUUCAGCAAUGAGGACAUGAUAAGAGAAUUUGACAACAUGGCUAGGGUGGAGGAUAAAAGGAGAAAAAGCAAACAGAAAUUGGGGGCGUUUUUGUGGAUGCAAAGAAAUUUACAGGACCCCUUCUAUCCUAGGGGUCCAAGGGAAUUCAGGGGUGGCUGCAGGGCCCCACGAAGGGACACUGAAGACAUUCCUUACGUGUAGUGUCCCUGGCAGGCAUUUAUCAGGCCAUAUGUUUUAACCUUAUGGUAAUACUUUGCUUUAGUUGUUCCUCCUGCUACCAGUAGCCUUUUGACCCACCUGCCAGUGCUUGCUUGCUCUAUGUUUCAGUAGCAGAUUUUCACACCUGUGCAUUUCAGAGACGUCAUGAUUCAUGGAAAAAUAAAGCAGCUUGUAAUAUCA